UAAUGACUGAUUUUUGAAAAAUCAUAUCAAAUUUAAUAAACCAAAAAUAAUCAGAUAUUUCAUGUAAAUUAUUUUGUAAAAAUAAGUCACACGACCUAAAAUUAAGUUAUAAUACUUGUUAAUAAUAUUUAGAAAAAAGCUUAAGAUAAAUGGAUAUGAUUUCAAUGAGAAAUAUAUGCCCAGCUGCAAAACAUGCUCUGCUAUGUUUUUCGCUCUCCGGUUUAGUAUUUAUUGUUUCUUUUUUCUCAGCCAGUUGUCUUGGAUUUACAUCUGAGCUGUGGGCACUUACGUACUGGGGGCCGGCAUUAUAUUUCUGCCUUUUAAACUUCAUUUUACGAUAUUCUUUAAAAGGCUUCACGUACGAUGUUGCAGUCAGAUCUGCUUUUCUGGGGUCAGUUUUUGCAACAGGAUUCUACUUUGCUACGUUGGAUAAUAGCUGUCACAUAUUUGGGCUUUAUGCAAUGGCAUUCUCCCUGUUUCACUUCUCUGAGUUCUUGUCUGUGGCCCUGACAAAUCCACGGACUCUGACGGUAGACUCAUUUAUUCUAAAUCACAGUGUACAAUACUGGGUGGCGGCUGUGUCCAGUUGGAUAGAGGCGGCAGUGGAAUACUACUUCUUUCCAAAUAUGAAAACUGUAUUUUGGAUAUCUCACAUUGGCGUUAUAAUGUGUAUUAUUGGAGAAGUAAUGAGGAAAAGUGCAAUGUUUACCGCUAAGACUAAUUUUAAUCAUCAUGUACAAACGGUGAAGAAAGAUGAUCACCAGCUAGUGACCCAUGGUGUGUAUUCUCUCUGUCGACAUCCAAGUUAUGUGGGUUGGUUCUACUGGUCUAUUGGUACACAGAUAAUUCUACUCAACCCUAUCUGCGUAAUUAUAUACACUCUGGUUUCCUGGACCUUCUUUAAUGAGAGAGUAUUCGCAGAAGAGAUGUUCCUAAUAUCAUUUUUCGGAAGCCAAUACUUGGAGUAUCAGAAGAAAGUGGGCACUGGUCUUCCGUUUAUAAAAGGCUAUAUACCAGAUGUUGACGGUAGCUGGUGAUGGAAGCUUGAUAUGGACUGCAGGAUUUUAACGAAGAUUAGGA